CUUCAAUAUUUUACCACAAACUUCAUACUAUCUUCUUCCUCAUUUUCUGAUCAUUUUCUCUCUCCAAAAACCAUCAUAAAAAAUGGCAGCAACAAUGGCAACAACAAUGGCAGUACUCAACACAAAAUGCUUAACUCUCAACACCAACAAAACAACAAGCACAUCACCAAAGCCCACUUCCAAGCCCAUCUCACUCUCACCACUAGGCCUUUCAAACUCAAAGCUACCAAUGGGCUUAAGCCCAAUAAUCACCGCCCCAGCAAUCGCCGGAGCAGUUUUCGCCACCUUGGGCUCAGUGGACCCAGCUUUCGCAGUCCAACAACUAGCUGACAUCGCUGCUGAGGCCGGAACUAGUGACAACCGUGGGCUGGCCCUUUUGCUACCCAUUAUCCCAGCUCUCGGGUGGGUCCUUUUCAACAUAUUACAACCCGCUUUGAACCAGAUCAACAAGAUGAGGAAUGAGAAGAAGGCUUUUAUUGUUGGGCUUGGGCUAAGUGGGCUUGCAACAAGUGGGCUUUUGUUAGCAACACCAGAGGCCCAAGCAGCAAGUGAGGAGAUUGCUAGGGGUAGUGAUAAUAGAGGGACAUUGUUGUUGUUAGUUGUGUUGCCUGCUAUUGGUUGGGUUCUUUUCAAUAUUUUGCAGCCUGCUUUGAACCAACUUAACAAGAUGAGGUCUCAAUAAACUUUAAUUUUAAUUUUAAUUUUAAUUUUGUUAUAUUAAAUAAAAACUCAAAUUAUUGUUAUUAUA